CCCCUAGCAGCAACCAAGCAGUAGCAAACUACUAACCGAUACAGCAGCUUGUGAGCAAGUUCCGAUCCAGCAUUUUUUCCCUGCCAAACCCUCGCUUGUAAGUUUGUAAUGGCGGCUCCCAACAGCUGGACCCACGAGAUCGUGUCAUCCGUCGCAGCGCCUCGGCUCUUCUUCGCCGCCGUCAUGGACUGGCACACGCUGGCCCCCAAGCUCACUCCCAAAAUCGUGGCCAGCGCCCACGUCGUCCUCGGCGACGGCCACGCCAGCAGCGUUAGGGAGCUGCACUUCACCAAAGAAAUGCCCUUCAGCUGCAUGAAGGAGAGGCUCGAUUUCGUUGAUGUUGAGAAAUUCGAGAGCAAGUCGACGCUCAUCGAGGGAGCCGGGAUCGGCGUAUGGGUCGAGACGGCGACCACGGACAUCAAGGUUGAGCCGACGGCUGACGGCGGCUGUGUCGUGAAGGUGCAGUGGGCAUGCAAGCUGAUGCCUGGUGUAGAGGUGAAUGACGACCAGCUCAUCUCCGCCAAACACUCCCUCACCGGCAUCUUCAAGACCGCUGAGGAGUACCUCAUCGCCAACCCAGAGGCCUACAGCAAACCCAUCUAAUCGAUCCAGCGGGAUCAUAUAUAAACAUACGAGGCACGUCGGUGUUUGCAUGCUUUCUUCCGGAUCGGGGCGUGGACUUCACAAGUUAAGAAGCAUGUCCUUUUAAUUUGCAUUUUGUAACUUUCAAAUGUUGCUUUUGUUUUCAAAUUGUCCCCUUUUGCUUAUGUAAAAGUUCUCAUGGUGUUGCUCGGGAAUAAUUAAGAUAAUGUCUUUGAAUUA